UACUGAGUAUUCUGUUCUGAUCUUUCCGGUGAAGAGGUUGAGUCGUUACAAUAAUAUUGUAAAGAUUUUCAGUCAAAAAAAUAUAUUUAAAUAAAAUUUAAUAUUAAAUUUAAAAAUACAAUUCUAAAUAAACUUGUACUUUUGUAAAGACGAAAAUUUAAAAAUGGUGCAAACAAAAAGAGUUUUAGUUAUUUAUACCGGGGGAACUUUUGGCAUGCUCAAAAAUGAGAAAGGAGGCAGGCAGCAGGCAGCAGGCAGGCAGGCAGGUAGCAGGCAGGUAGCAGGCAGGCAGGUAGCAGGCAGGCAGGUAGCAGUGUUGGUGUCACAGAAGAACAUCGAGGAGGUUAUCAGACUGCUUCCACAGCUGCACGAUGUGGACCACUGGACCAAGACUAUGGCGGGAACUGACAUGAAGGACUAUCUCGUGCUGCCCGAUGGCAAAGAUACAGAAGUAAAAGUGCUAUACAAAAUCCACGAAUACGAUGAAUUGAAAGACUCAUCAGAUUUUACCCUCGACGAUUGGAUCAAAAUGGCCAGAGAUAUCAAGAGAUUCUACCACGACUACGAUGGUUUCGUGGUGUUGCACGGCACUGACACCAUGGCGUACGGGGCGUCCAUACUGUCUUUCAUGCUGGAGGUCGUUGGGAAGACUGUCGUCCUCACUGGAGCUCAGAUUCCUAUAUUCCAACCCCGAAGCGACGCCAACAGCAAUUUCCACUGCGCUAUGCUGAUCGCGGCCACGCAGCACAUUCCAGAGGUGACGGUGUUCUUUGGCUGCAAGCUGUUUAGAGGAACCAGGGUAAAGAAAGUAUCGAAUACAAGAAUCUACGCAUUCGACUCACCAAAUUUCCCCCCUCUCCUGGAAGCCAAGACCACACUGGAUGUGGACCCGAAGAUGCUGAUCCACCCUCCAGAGUCCGUGCCAAACGAAUGCCGUCUCCAUGACAAGCUGUCGCAGAAAGUCUACGUUUUGAAGGUCGCCCCCACUAUCACUCCUAAAGUACUAAGAGCGGUUUUUGAUAAUAUGGAAGGUGUGGUCUUGGAGACAUAUGGCAACGGGAACAUGCCGAUAAAACGACGGGACAUCUACCAGGAGAUCGAGCGAGCGGUGAAGAAUAACGUCCUCGUGGUGAAUGUGACCCAAUGCAUCAACGGGACCGUACUGGGGAAGGCUAUCUAUGAGACUGGAUUGCUGCUGGUGGAAUGCGGAGUGGUUCCCGGGUUCGACAUGACGUCAGAAGCAGUGCUGGCUAAGCUGUCAUAUGUAUUGACCAAGACAGAACUCAGCUACCAGCAGAAAGUUGAGUUAAUGAAGACUAAUAUCCGAGGAGAACUAUACAACCCACAGCGCUGAUUGCGGAGAAAAGAAGAACAGUAAAGUAAAUGACGAAUAAAAAUCAUAUUUCAAAAAUAAA